CUUCCAAAUUCGUCUCUCUUUCCUUCUUCAAUGGCGAUGGCGACCCCAACUCCAACAAAAACCCCGGUAGACAAAUCCAAAAGAUCCCAUUCUCACCACCAUUCACAUGAGUCUUCCUCCUCUUCUCUGUCCCGUUUCGAGGCCUACAACCGCCUCCAAGCAGCCGCGGUGGCCUUCGGAGAGAAGCUUCCGAUCCCGGAGAUCGUUGCCCUCGGUGGUCAAUCUGAUGGAAAAAGCUCUCUCCUUGAAGCUUUACUUGGAUUUCGUUUCAAUGUGCGUGAAGUCGAGAUGGGUACUCGUCGGCCUCUCAUUUUGCAGAUGGUUCAUGACCCUUCUGCCCAUGAGCCUCGUUGUCGCUUCCAGGAAGAAGAUUCUGAAGAAUAUGGAAGUCCAGUUGUUUCAGCAUCAACAGUUGCAGAUAUUAUAAAGUCAAGAACAGAGGCACUUCUGAAAAAGACUAAAGCUUCAGUUACUUCUAAGCCAAUUGUAAUGAGAGCUGAAUUUGCGCAUUGUCCUAACCUCACCAUCAUUGAUACCCCAGGUUUUGUUCUUAAGGCAAAAAAGGGAGAACCAGAGAACACUCCUGAGGAAAUUCUUUCCAUGGUGAAGUCACUAGCUAGUCCUCCCCAUCGUAUUCUGUUGUUCCUUCAGCAGAGUAGCGUGGAAUGGUGCUCAUCGUUGUGGUUGGAUUCAAUUCGUGAAAUUGAUCCAACUUUUAGAAGAACAGUAAUUGUGGUCUCCAAGUUUGAUAACAGACUCAAGGAGUUUAGUGACAGAUGGGAAGUGGAUCGUUACUUGGGUGCAAGUGGAUAUCUUGGAGAAAAUACUCGGCCAUUUUUCGUAGCAUUGCCAAAGGACAGGAACACCAUCUCAAAUGAUGAAUUCCGAAGGCAAAUAUCGCAAGUGGAUGCUGAAGUUUUACAUCAUCUGCAUAAUGGAAUCAAGGGAGGUUAUGAUGAAGAAAAGUUCAGGCCCUAUAUUGGUUUUUGUUCUUUGAGGGAGUAUUUAGAAUCAGAACUUCAAAAGAGAUACAAGGAAGCAGCUCCAGCAACUCUGGCAUUGCUUGAGCAGCGAUGCAGUGAAGUCAACAUUGAGCUGGCAAGAAUGGACUCCAAAAUACAAGCAACUUCUGAUGUUUCUCAUCUCCGAAAAUCAGCCAUGAUGCAUGCAGCUUCUAUCAGCAAUCACGUGGGAGUUUUGAUUGACGGAGCAGCAGAUCCGGCCCCAGAGCAGUGGGGGAAAACAACAGAGGAGGAAAGAUCAGAGAGUGGGAUAGGGAAUUGGCCAGGUGUUACUGUUGAUAUAAAACCUGCUAAUGCUAUUCUUCGUCUUUAUGGCGGAGCUGCUUUUGAAAGGAUACUGCAUGAAUUCCGCUGUGCUGCAUAUUCCAUUGAAUGUCCCCCAGUAUCAAGAGAGAAGGUUGCAAAUAUCUUACUUGCACAUGCUAGCCGAGGUGGGGGUAGAGGAGUAACAGAGGCUGCUGCAGAAAUUGCACGUACUGCUGCACGGUCAUGGUUUGCUCCUCUCCUUGAUACAGCUUGUGAUCGGCUUGCCUUUGUUUUGGGCAAUCUUUUUGACAUUGCUCUAGAGAGAAACCGCAGCUGGGAAUCAGAAUAUGGGAGGAAAACUGGAAACAUGGAUGGGUACGUUGGGUUUCAUGCUGCUUUAAGGCAUGCAUACAAUCGCUUUAUAAAGGAUUUGGCCAAACAGUGCAAGCAACUAGUUAGGCAUCAUCUUGAUUCAGUUACAAGCCCAUAUUCUCAGGUUUGUUAUGAGAAUGUCUUUCAAGGAGGCUUUGGCUCAAGUGUAAGCUCACAUUACAAAUAUAACCAAGCUUCAGCUGCUUCUUUUUGCCUCGAGCUAUCUGAUAGUGGGCAAGUAUUGCGUGAGGAGACAAUGAGAGAUCAGGAGAACAUACCUCCUGAAAAGAAUGCACAGCAAACCACUCCAGGAAAAGGAACAGAAGCUAGAGAAGCUCCCCAAGAAAGCCAAAUGACUGUGCCUGAGACUCCAUCUCCGGACCAGCCAUGUGAUGUGGUAUAUCCUGUGGUAAAGAAGGAGCUUGGAAAUUGCAUUGAAGUUGGACCAAGAAAACGUAUAGCAAGAAUGACAGGCAACAGAAAUACUGAACAUCUGAUGAAAGCUCACAAUGGCAAUAGUCUUUUAUUUGGUAAUGGUGAUAGUGGUUCAAGAUCAAGUUCAGCUUACUCUGAAAUCUGCUCAUCAGCAGCACAACAUUUUGCACGUAUUCGUGAAGUUCUUGUCGAACGCAGUGUGACAUCAACUUUAAACUCUGGAUUUUUAACCCCAUGCCGGGAUAGGCUUGUGGUGGCACUUGGCUUGGACCUGUUUGCUGUGAAUGAUGAGAAAUUCAUGGACAUGUUUGUUGCUCCUGGUGCCAUUGAUGUGCUGCAGAACGAACGACAAUCUCUUCAAAAACGCCAGAAGAUACUCCAAUCUUGCUUAAACGAAUUCAAGACUGUUGCUCGAGCACUUUGAUCAACACGAGUUUCUCCAUGAAACUGUGACCACUCCAAUCUAAAACAAUGUUGUUUCACAUCUAGUGAAGAGAAGAAAAAAAACACUUCAUUCAUGUAUUUCCUUUAAUGCUGUUUGAUAAUGUAGCAAAUUGUUUUUCUACGGUGGUUCAAUUUUAAACAACAAAAGACA